AUGGCGUCGCCACUGGCACCCCGACGGGACCGUGUGGGCCUAGAGAAUAAGGACCGCUGGGAGGCGCGGGGGGGGGGGGACCGCAAGGCCCAGAAGCCCCUGGUGGAGAAGAAGCGGUGCUCCCAGAUCAAUGAGCGCCUACAGGAGCUGCGGCAGCUGCUGGCGGGCACUGAGGUGCAGGCCAAGCUGGAGAAUGCCAAGGUGCUGGAGCUGACGGUGCGCAGCUGCAGGCAGAAGCCAGCGAGCGCUUCGCUGCUGGCUACAUCCAGUGCAUGCAUGAGGUGCACAUGUUUGUAUCCACGUGCCAGGCCAUCAACGCCACCGUCGCCACCCAGCGCCUGA